AUAUAGCCCCUCUCCUCCCAUGCAUCAUCCGCAGCCAGCCAAGCUCACUUCUUGCACGUGGAGGAUCAUCUCAUCCGUCAUUCCAUUCUACACACAGUCAGACAUGGGCAACGGCCCCUCUCUCUCGCCGUGCCUGAACCCGCACCUGCCGGAGUCGUCCGCGACGGUGCGCCUGGUGUACUGGGGCGGGCGGGCGAGGCAGCUGGCGCUCACGGGCGGCGGCGACGACGCCAUUGUCACGGCCGGUGACGUCGCGGCGGAGCUCCCACCGCCGGCCACGGGCUACGCCGUGUGCCCCGCCGACGCCUUCUUCAUCGGCCUCCCGAUCCCGGCCAUGUCCCCGGGCGAGGAGCUCCUGCCGGGCCGCACCUACUUUGUGCUCCCCGCCGCGCGCCUCCCCUGCCUCAAGGCGCUCACGCCCGCCACGCUCGCCGCGCUGUCGCAAUCGCACGGCAGAAAGAAGCAGCAGCCUAUCUUCGCGGUCGCGGGGUGCCCGUUCGAGCACGUCAAGGGCGCCCACGGCGGCGCCCCGCUCAUCAGGGUCCUCCCGGAGUUCAUCGAGAAGCUCAUCACCGCCUGCGACGCCGGCGCGAACGCGAGCGCCAACAAGGACACGGCGGCCAAGCAGGCCGCGGAGCUGUGCAGCACGCCCGAGCUGAAGCGGCAUUACGCGCAGCUCGUCGGGGCCGGCAGGAGCCGCCCGUGGUCGCCCAGGCUGGAGACCAUCGCCGAGCGCGGUAGGUCACGGUGGAUGAGGUUGGCGGCGAGGACCAUGCUGUCCUCGCGUUAGCCGUGCACAUCCGCGCGCGUAGCGUAGGUCGGUGUUAUUAAUUGUUAGCUUGCGGAGAUUUCCGUUUAUUUAGGAAGAAUGACGAAGGACGAACAGCAAAAUGUACAGAUGGCUACGCAUUUUUUUCCUUGCAAUUUGCAAACCAGAACGAACGUUUGUUUCUCUCUCUA